AUGACUGUCCCUCAAUCAACCUAUGACGUUGUCAUCGUUGGCGCGGGUAUCGUUGGCUCAGCCCUAGCCUACUUCCUAUCCACCUCGAAGGAUGGCAAGAAGGUGGUUCUAAUUGAUCGCUCUUUCGGGCCUUUGAAAGGGUCAACGGGGUAUGCACCCGGAUUCGUCGGUCAAUAUAACGAGUCCAACGUCCUCACCCAACUUGCCAUCGACACCGUCAAGGAAUACACCAAAAUACCUGACGGCAUCGAUAUUGUUGGCGGCCUAGAGAUUGCCACAACUCAAGAAGGCGUCAAUAAGUUGAAAACAAGAUGUGCAAAGGCUCAGGAAGCUGGCCUGGUCGCGAAAAUGAUAUCGUCAGAAGAAGCAGUCAACCUGGCCCCGAAUCUAGUCAAGGGAGGCAACGAGGCCGUACUCCAUUUCCCUGGAGACGGAGCAGCAAACCAGAUUGGCAUUACUGCCUUCUACCAGAAAGAAGCACAGGCAAACGGCGCCCAAAUAUUCCAAGCAGAUGUUUCCCAGAUCAGUCAAGCCGAUGGUCGCGUGCAGGGAGUCAUGACGUCCUCCGGCUUUGUUGGUGCAAAGACCGUCGUUCUCGCAACUGGAGUUUGGACACCGGGACUCUGCAAACUCGACAUCCCUAUCCCAGUUGUACCGGUCGGUCAUCCGUACAUGUACAGCGAGCCCCAUGAACCGAACCCACACAAGGCCCCUUUCGUGAGAUGGCCAGAACACCGUGUCUAUGCGCGCGAUCACGGUACCUUCUAUGGCCUGGGCUCCUAUAACCAUGAAUCAACUGCUCAAGAGCCAAAGGAUAGUGCUCAUGGUGACUGGAUUGGGCAAUUUGACUCGGCUUUGAACCAUGCGUUGCAAUUCAUACCGGAGAAGACAGGAUUUGUCCCUGUCAAGAGAUACAACGGUAUCUUCGCCAUGACACCCGACAACAUGCCACUGGUAGGAAGUAUUUCUUCGACCACGGGUCUGUACAUGGCAGCGGCAGUGUGGAUUACGCAUGCAGCCGGCUCGGCCAAGUUUUUGACUCGACUCAUGAACGCAGAGACCGUCGACGAGAAUACAAAGAAGGCGCUUGAUCCAGCCAGGUUCCGGGGUCAGGAUAUAGUUGAAUUGAGACAGGAAUCGCUGGAUGGAUACAACAGUAUCUACAAGACCCAGGAGAAUGUGUGCAUUAUGUGA